AUGUGGCGGGGCGCGGCGGCGGCGCUGCUGUGCCUGGGGGCCGCCUGCCUGCUGGGCCGCGGGUUCGAUCCCCGCGCCUGGCUGCUGCCGCCCCGCGGCCGCCUGCUGAGCGCCGCCGAGCUGGGCCGGUACCGCGGGGCGGCGGGCGAGCCCGGCCUCUACCUCGCCGUGCUGGGCCGCGUCUUCGACGUGGAGCGCGGCCGCAGGCACUACGGCCCCGGCGGCGCCUACAGCGGCCUCGCAGGGAGAGAUGCCACCAGAGCGUUUGCCACUGGCGACUUCACGCAGGCGGGGCUGGUGGACGACGUCUCGGCGCUGUCGCCGGGCGAGAUGCUCGCCAUCCAGAGCUGGCUCUCAUUCUACGGCGACAACUAUGAUCCCGUGGGGAAGCUGGUGGGCAGAUUCUAUGAUGAAAAUGGGGCACCGACAGAAGCCUUGAGGCAGGCUGAGGCUGCGAUUGAGGAAGCUCUGAAGUUCCAAGCAGAAAGCAAGCAGAGGAAGCAGCAGUUUCCACCCUGCAACUCUGAAUGGAGCUCUGCUAAGGGCAGCCGAUUCUGGUGCUCCAGACAGAGUGGGGGAGUGAACAGAGACUGGACUGGAGUCCCCCGGAAGCUGUACCGGCCUGGUUCGGGGGGGAGUCACUGUGUGUGCGUGAGGACGACCGGUCCCCCGUGGGGCCAGCCGGACUCCACCGAGCACGGCGGCAGAGGCGAUCUGGAUAACCCUCACCUGGAGGAAUAUGACGGCUGCCAUCCGCUGGCCGAGCAGUGUGUCCUGCAGGUGUGACUCCGAGUGCUGGAUCCGAGGCAGGCGAGGAGUCCUACAGCGAAACGUGGCCCUUUGGGUGGGCAGCUCCAGCUCCAGCUUCAUUCCCUUCCGUCUGUGCAAAGGGAGCAAUAACAAUUUCAUGUUAUUUGUGACUCUUUUUUUAACGUGUGGAGAUGAGAGGAGGAGGAAACACUUCAGCCGAGUUAGCGGCUAAAAAAUCAGUAAUGGGAUACUUUCUUUCUUAGUGCUUCAUUCCUAUGGUAUUUUUACAUCUGGCAACAACCUGUAAGAGGCACAGCCUGAAUUGUAUUUAAAAACUGAUUUUUUUGUGCAGUCAGGAAAUGGAUGCUUGCGUGCAUGGUGGCGGGUGCAAUGUGUUGUGUUUUAAGGCAGCGAGGUAGUGAGCACAAGAACUGCUGCAGCAUCACAGACCUCAGUUUAUGCACGGUCCUCCCGUCGCUUGAACUCUGCCUACUGCGUUGUAGUGCUAAUGCUCCUUCCCAGUCACCUGAUUUACUCCAAAGAGUUUAAAGGUAGCAGGGAGAAGCCUGAAUUUCUCCUACAAUUAAGGUACGUAGUAUCUAGGAACUUGUGCAGUUUAAUCGUACACAAGCUUUAUCAAAUUCUUGGAGUACAGAAGGCAAAGGUCUUGGCUGUAUUUCCUCAUUUAGUGUUUGUAUUAGAUAUCACGCAAAGAAGAUAUUGGAAGCCACCUAUGAGGAUUGUUGUUUUAUAUUAACCUCACCAUCCUGGUCCUGUGAUUCACUACUUUCAAACUACUCAGAUCAGGAAUUGGUAGUUUUAAAUAGGCAAUAACAAAAGCUAUGUGGCAACACGACCAUCCUGCUGUAAUCUGCCUCCUAUUUCCAUCCUGGUGUAUGACCUCCUCCCAUCUGGUACACGUCCAUCAGACGAUAACCUGAGGCUGGAUGUAUCCUCAUAAGGCCCAGCUCCCUUAAAGCCCGUACAUAUUUUAUCUAUCACAGCUGGCAAAAUUCAGUAAUAGGAGUGACUCCCAGAAGAGCAGGGCAAGCUACCACCAUUUCUGUGUGGGGCUGAAAAGGAGAAGGGAAUACCUGCGUAGGGCCUAGGUGCUAUAAACCGCAGGCUGCAGGGAAGCAGUUGCUGGUUUUUGUAGAAUCUAUUGUUAGAAUCGGUUUCUGGUGUAGCUGCAGCCUUGGGAGAGACACCCAGAUUACACUGAGUCCAGCAGUGGCACAGAUCUGUGCUGAGCUGUGUUCAGUUCUUUUCCUUAAGGUAGCUGCCACCUAUUUAUAAACAGCCAGGAGGCAUUUAUAAACUCAUUAGUUUUGAGCUACUACCACCUCUAAAGAAAGUCCCACAAAUCUAAGUAAUUAGUUAAUAACUAGUGAGAUUACAGGAGGCCUGGCAGCAUUGCUUCAAAGCAAGAGUAAUCGCUUCAUUGCAGUGACAGUAGGACAUACUACAGCACUUUUCACCCAUGAUGUUUAGAUGAGGCUACAGCUGCCAGGGAUGGGAGCCACGCAGCAAUUUAAACAUGCACACGUGGUUGUUGUAAUAAAUAUUUGGGAGUUUGUGUUUGUUUUUUUUUAA